AUGAUUCCAGCGAUCAAUACGGCCCCCGUCAUGACGUGCAACUCGUCGCGUACCACUACUUCACCUGUUUUGAUGAAUAAACAAACUGCCACAUCAGCUGUGACCACAGCAUCUCCCGCCGUACGCGCUUUAUGGUCAGGUGCCGUAGCAGGCAUCGUGGCCGAUUCAUUACUACACCCGUUGGAAGUGAUCAAUCUACGUAUGAAAAUUCAAAAGCAGCCAAGCUCGAAAUAUAGUAGCAUUCUGCGCUCUAUUCGCACAAUAUUAAAGGAAGAGGGUGUGCGGGGCUACUUUGGCGGUCUUAGCACGACAUUGCUGGCCUCACCCGUUUGCACUGCAAUGUACUUUGGAACAUAUGAGACGCUCAAAUCAAUUGCUGCACCUCAUGUUUCUGAAGAGCAACGCGGAAUGGUUUAUUUUUUGGCUGGAGCGAUGAGCGAGGCAAUUAUUUCAGCUGUUAGUGUACCGUCUGAGGUCAUUAAAUCACGGCUCCAACUUGGAUGUAAUCCUCGCAAUGCCAGUGGUGGUGCCGUCAAAUACACGAAGAAUUACAGAGGAACAGCACACGCAGCCAAAUCAAUUUUGAGGUCUGAAGGAGCACGAGGACUUUAUGUUGGAUACUCAGCAUGCUUAAGUGUGGAGACGUUUUUUUCAGCGUUUUCGUUCCUGUUUUACGAGACACUUAAGGAUAGAUACCAGCGAUAUUUGGCAUUGCAAAAUAAGGACCGACAGUUAAAUUCGAUCGAGUCUCUCACAGUCGGAUCAUUAGCGGGUGGAAUCGCAGCAUUUCUGACCAAUCCACUGGAUGUCAUUACGGUUCGCCUUAUGACUCAAGGAAAGAAUAGAUCAUACACGGGAUUUCGUGAUUGUUUAAUCAAGUCUGUGGGUACCGAAAAUCUGGGAGUUCUAUGGCGAGGUGCUUCAUGCCGAAUUGUGUCUAUCAUGCCUACGACAGGCAUCUGUUUUGGUGUGUACGAGACGAUAAAGCACACGUUUUUUGAUGGUGACCUGGAGGACUUUAGUUCUGAUUAG